GGGCAGCUCAGUGCGGGGGGAGCGGCUGUCCGCGGGGUGCGCUGUGCCCCCAGGCGGGCCCCUGCCCAGGAGCUGGGCUCCCAGGCCAGUGCGGGGGGAGAAGAACAGCGUCACCCCCUCUCCCCGCCCAUCGGCCCGGUUGCCCCAGAGGAGGCACCGACUCUGCUCCUUCACGGAGUAUUAACACGUAUUUCCCCGGCUCUGCCCGCGGCCAGCCGCCCCCGAGGGGACGAGAGGAUCCUUCGCGGGGCCUCCAGAGGUGUAAACACGAAGGAGGGAGGAUGCUGGGUGCUGUAUUAGGGCAGAGCCCUGUGGUUGUGGGAUUUGCUGUAGGGGGAGUCCCUUGCCUCACUUCGUCCUCCAAAAUAACCUCCCUAACCCACCCCACUACAGCCCGCAUCGCAUGACAUUGAAACACUUUGUGAUUUAAUUAUUAACCAAUCGAAGUUAUUAACAAAUCAGGAUGCUUUUACUAUGUCAUUAACCAAUUGUAGAAUACUUAGUCAUUUUGCUGUGAAAAUAAUAUAUAUAAUAUAAAAAUAGCAAAUGAAAUAGUGAAUACACACUACUGCGGCUCUUUUGGGUGACGUUGGGCCCUAAUUUGGCUCCUGAACCAGAGAUCUGAGUAUCGCUGAUCUAGAGAAAGCCUAAAACUAAGAGGGCCAAAAGGUUUCUUGAGAAGAGAGAACCCAAGCUCACAGAAAAUACAAAAAAUGCCAUCCUCAUAAAAGGUGGAAAUGCAAACUUAACAGUGACUGAAACACUUAAAGAUAUUUAUGCUCUGAAAAAGCCCUUUGCUGUCCUGUACAAAAAGUAAAAAAAAUAUUACCAGACCUUUUGAGGAUCAGACAUCACUGAGAGUCAUGGAACAACAUACUUGUUUAGAGCAAAGACUGCUGGUCACAGAUGGUUGGUUGCCCAUAAGAGAUGAGAAGUGAUAAUAUACAAUCGUUUAAGAACAGACCUCAUUUGAGAUGGAUUCUUCUAGAUAUUGACUCGGAUUUAAUCACACCUUUGCUCUGUCAGGAGUUUUUUUCGAAGAAGUCGGAUUGUUCUUUGUUUCUGUUUGGUUCACAUAAUAAGAAGAGGCCUAACAAUCUCAUAAUAGGUCGUAUGUUUGAUUAUCAUGUCCUGGAUAUGAUUGAGCUAGGCGUUGAGAAAUUUGUGUCGCUAAAAGAUAUUAAGAACAGCAAGUGUCCGGAAGGAACAAAGCCCAUGUUGAUAUUUGCUGGUGACACAUUUGAUUUAAAUGAAGAAUAUAGAAGAUUGAAAAGUCUUCUCAUUGAUUUCUUUCGAGGUCCUACUGUGCCUACUAUUCGCCUGGCAGGGUUAGAGUAUGUUCUGCAUUUCACAGCUAUGGAUGGAAAAAUUUAUAUGCGAAGCUACAAAGUGUUGUUGAAGAAGUCGGGAUGUAAAAUACCGAGGAUUGAACUGGAAGAGAUGGGACCUUCAUUAGAUCUGGUGAUGAGGAGAACACAUUUGGCUUCAGAAGACCUCUAUAAAUUAUCUCUUAAACAACCUAAAGCCCUCAAGCCGAAGAAGAAGAAGAAUAUCUCUCACGAUGUCUUUGGUACAUCAUAUGGUCGGAUCCACAUGCAGAAACAGGAUCUCAGUAAAUUACAGACAAGGAAGAUGAAAGGGUUAAAGAAGAGACCUGCAGCAAAGAUGGCUGAAGAAGAGGAAGGGAUUAGUCCAAAGAAAUCAAAAUCGGUCUGAUAGGAUAAAAUAGUUUUGGACUUUUGAUAACUUCAGCUUUUGCUGUAUUUGUCACAAAAUAAAUGUGGCAGAUGUGGACCAGUCAGCUGCCAUUUUUUAAAA